AUGAACCCACUGCUACUCCCAGAGAUCAUCCUGAUCGUAGGAGCAUACCUUACACGUUCAGAAACAAUCAUCAGUCUCCGCGUCUGCACCCUCUGGCACGAUGCACUGGAACCACUCCUCUACCACGACUUUAGUCUCCCCUGCAAUAAGUUCAAGACAACAAGAGCCAAGAAACGGAAGCAACGCAAGGCUGCUAUGCUUCCCCCGCGGGAUUUGACUUCAUGUGCGGUCAACGAGCAAUUGGUCGAGACAACAACGACAACACCAACAAAGGACAACAAGAACAAGAAUAGCCGCCGGCGCCCCACAAUUCCAGUAAUGGAACGCAACGCCCAGCAUAUCCGCAGGCUGACGACCUCCAGUCUCCAAUUGCUCGAGCAUCUAUCCUCAACCUGUUGCUCUCUCCAGAAAUGGGUCUUUUAUAGUCACGUCGACCAGAGGGCGCUCUUCCUGAUUGUCAUGAACCGGACGACACUUCGGUCGGUGCACCUGAUCUACCCUCGACUUAGACCCAUAGGACAUGACGAGGUCAACACAAUGGCGAUGCUGUUCAGGAUCAUGGACGAGCAAUUGACAGGACUGCAGGAUCUCUGUCUUCAGAAUACUCGUAUCGAGAUGAACUCCCCUGCCGGCCCGCCUUUGGUGAACCUGUGUCGGUGGAGACCGGGAUUACACCUGGAUUUGAGGCGGUUUGGAGUAAUGAACUGGCCGGAGAUGGCGGCACUGAUAGUUGAGUCGCAGCAGCAAAGGGAGGAGAACUAUAAUGCCAGGACAGCGGAACUGGACGACAAUGAAGGAGCGCGCAUGACGCGCCUCCCCUGGUUCAGCAAGGCAGGAUUACUGGAACCGUCCGAGUUUGGCAACAUACCCUUCACGAGUCUACGCAUGCUGGAACUGGGACACUUUGUCUCAUCAGAGGAUACCGUCCUGGCGCUUAUGAUCGAGUUGAUGCCCACUCUCAAAGUUCUGGUAGCAGAUCUGGGAUGGUUUGGCCAAAAGGCCAUCAAGGCGGUCUGCGACAACGAGAACCAAGCUUGGACAAACAGUGUCAAUGGCAGUGGCGUACAAGUCUGUCACCUGCAGGAGAUCACACUGACCGACCAAAAGGAUCAACCCAGGACCGAGCAGACGGAUGAGCCCAGCAAUAGCAGGACGUCAACACUACUUGGAGACUUGCUGACUCACUGUCGUUAG